AACUGCUUGGAUGCAUUCAAGCAUCGGGGCAAGCUCCAGAACCUCUUGAAGAAGACAGAGAAAUACAACGAGGAAGAAAAGAACAGGUUCCUGCUCAACAUCAUGAGCCUUUGCCCGGACAGCAAUGGCAACUUGCGAUACCAACUCGUUGGCGAGCACAUCUGCUCGCAUGCAUUCGCGAAGCUGAUGAACGUCAACUAUAAGAGAGUCAAGAGACUUCUUCCCAGUGUUGGCAAGGGGUUGCUGCCACCGGACCUGCGCACUUCGGGUGCAAGAACGGCCGAUGCUCUGGCGCCCAAGUCUGAGUCCAUCGACGCCUAUCUCCAUUUCAUUUAUGUGCACAUCGCAGAGCCUCUAGCCGAGCAAACCGUGGACUUGGAGAACGACCCUUACCUGAAGGACAUGUAUGUCAGUGCUUCCAAGCUGCUCCAAGGUGGUUCCCUCGAAGACCUCGUGCUGCUUCCGGACGAGGAGGGUGUGCAGGAAGCUUUGUUCCUGGAAUCCGAUCCAGUGGCACUCGACGUUUUGCAGAGUCGUUUCCUCGAAGCUCAGCACUACUUGGAGCAAGCUGAUUCGCAUCCGGAAGCCGUCGCAGCAUGCGCGGUUUGCAACUUAGAUUGGCGUGUCUUUGAGUCUGCUGGAACAGUCGUCAUGGAUGGGACAGUCGUCGUGUUGUGCAUUUCGAGGUGUGCCACCUGUUCUCGAUUCUCCCAGAGGAUUAAGAAUGCUCUGGCAGAGGCCGACAAGAUCCCCUUGCAAAGGGCCCAACAGCAACACAUCAAUGAAGUCAUGUCGCAUCGGACCUUGUGUACGAGGCUCAACCACCUCAGUGAGGAGUCGACUGGCAGACCGGGGAUCUCUGAUCCGAGCGGGAUCUUGAAGGUCGACCUCGAUGGUGCAGAUCAAAGCAAGACACUUCUCCCCAGAGGUCUCGACAACAACAAGUUCCUGUCGUCCCUCUGGCCUGCACAGCUGCAUGUCAUGGGAGCUCUGGUACAUGGAGCUGCUUAUCCAAGCACUGUUGCUGAGAUCUAUUACCUGGUCUCCCCGGACGUGAUGAAGGACAGCAGCACGGAGGUAUCCCUACUGUACGAUGUCUUGCAGACCACGGAAUCCAUCUUGCGUGACAAGAACAUUGACAUGCCUCCAUGCUUAGCAUUGGAGGCCUGUAGCUGGGAUGGACUUUCCAAUGAACAUGUUUCGUGA